GGUGAAGGAUCUGUAACUUACCCAAGGUGACACACCCUUUUUUUUUUUCUUUUUGAGACAAGGUCUCACUCUGUCGAUGGAGGGUAAUGGCCCAAUCAUGGCUAACUGCAGCAUUGACCUCCUGAGUUCAAGCAAUCGUCCCAUCUCAGCCUAAGAUGUAUCUAGGACUACAGGCACCCACAACCACCCUAGCUAAUUUUGGCUUUUUUUUUUUUUUUUUCCCAAAAUAAGGAUUUAGCCUUAUUGCCUAGGCUGGUCUCAAACUCCUGGGCUCAAGCGAUCCACCUGCCUUGGCCUCCCAAAUUGUUGGGAUUACAGGUGUGAGACCCUGCACCUUGCCUCAAGGUGAUACAACUUUUAAGGGAAUGAUGAGAUGCAGGUCUAGAUUCCUGUCACUUUGAAGUUUAUUAUUUUCCAGAAGCUGGUGCUGUUGAGUUGCUUGCUUGGUCCACUUUUGACCUGGGGCCUGUAUGGCCUGUUGAUAUCUGCUGACACCCUGCUGACACUCUGCUCUCAUUAAGGCCUCUAGGACCUGCUGAUGCCUGGAUGAAUGUGUGGCUUUUUUGUUCCUGUUUUCAUGACACACUAUGAUUCUGUAGCCUGCACGUCUUGCUUACUGGGACUAGUAGGUGUUGCUUACUUAGUACUUAUGCAGCCAGGGUUUGCUGAGGCUGGUUUCAGCCAGCAUUGUGCUAAGUAAGGUCCUUGCUGGCCCAUGUGUUUGAUAAAUAACUUUACUUAAGGUGGGUGAGGACUGUUAGAGACAGAAUGCUUGUUCCCAGGUGUUGCAAGGAAAAAUUAGCAUUCAGACAAAAAGUUUUCUCAGUGAGGCAAUUUUACUUUCUGUAGAAAGGGUGCUCCCAUUGGCCAUCUUGCCGUAAGAGUACAGUGAACAAAGGAAAGGCAGGAAUAUUUCUUCCUUUAGUAUUGGGUGUUUACUGCUGUGUCCAAUCUCCAUUGGUUGGAACCAGACCUCACAAUCUAAACUGAACCUGAUUGGCUAACAACUUAAAACUUUUCUAAGUAGGUAAAGGAAAUGGAGAACAAAGGAAAAGAGGAAGUUGCUUGUGAAAGGACUUAGAAAAGUAAUGACAUUCCCCGAUAAGGAAGGAGCAUAGGCUGUGAGUUGGGACAUGCUUGUGAGCAUGUCCAGCACAAAUAUCUUAGUUAAAGUACAAGGACUUAGAAUGUACUUAUUUCCUUAUGUCUGACAGCUUCAUGGGAUAGGGCUUAACAAAAAGUUAUUAGCAAAAAAGCAAGAAGUCUUUGAAGAAAGUUAGUCUCUGAAAGAAACUAUUAUUUCUAACAUUUAUUAUUAUUAUUCUUUAACAAGAAGGGAAACUUUGAAGAGGAAGUUACUACUUUCCACAAAGCCUAUGUGCAAUUUGCUUCAGGCCCAGUAAAUAUGGGCAUUUCUCUUUAAAAACACCACUUAAGGUGACCUGAGCCCAGGAAUUUGAGGUUAUAGUGAACUAUGAUCACACCACUGCACUUCAGCCUGUGUGACAGAGUGAGACGCUGUCUCAAAAAAAAAAAAAAAACCAAAACCAAAACCAAAAACAAACAAAAAAAGCAAUCAGCAAUUGAAGAGCUUCCAUAGCUUCAGUGAUGAACCAAAGUGAGACUCUCAUGUAAUUAGUUUCUUGGGCUAAAACUGCUUGCUUAGGUCACAAUAGUUAAAAAUCCAACUGCACAAUUGUAAAGUUGAGUCUUAUUAUCCAGGAAUAAUCUCUGGAGAUUUUCAAGGUUAAAAUGCACAGCCUGCCUCUCGAAUCUAAGGCACAAAGUCAUAUACCCAGACCCCACCAGAAUCCUUGUUAUUUUGGUCCCCACAUUCCACCUUAAUUCUCAACACUUCUGGUUAAAUAUAGCCGAUGCUAGAGUUUUGAGGGGCACCAAAAAUAUGAUAUCAUUGUUCUUUGUCUAGGAUCUGGAUCAAAUGUGAAAUAAUACCAAAGAGUAAACAGGUAGGAAAUCUAAACAGCAGCUUUAUGACUGCAAAACCUCACAUCGAAGACACGGCUUGUAUCGGGGCAAGUGGGCCCCACAUUAAAAUUUAAAAUAAGAUAAAUUUCCCUAGCCAAUCUCUGGCAGUUCUGGGCCACAGCAGGCCUUCUGGGCAGCAGGGCCAUUUUCAGCAAGUGUCCUAAAACCUAUAAAAAGAAUAGUGUUUUUUUUUUAGACGUUUUCUCACUCUGUCUUCCAGGCUGGAGUCCAGUGGCACAAUCUUGGCUCACUGCAAUGUCCACCUUCCAGAUCCAAGUGAUUCUCUUGCCUCAGCCUCCAGAAUAGCUGGGAAUACAGGCAGGCACCACCAUGCCUGGCUAAUUUUUGUAUUUUUAGUAGAGAUGGGGUUUCACCAUGUUAGCCAGGAUGGUCUUGAACUCCUGGCCUCAAGCAAUCCACCCUCCUUGGCCUCCCAAAGUGCUGGGAUUACAGUCAUGAGCCACCAUGCCUGGCCUUUUUAAUUUUUAAAUGUUAUUUAUUUAUUUUUGAGACGGAGUUUCGUUCUUGUUUACCCAGGCAGGAGUGCAAUGGCGUGAUCUAGGCUCAUCGCAACCUCCGCCUCCUGGGUUCAGGCAAUUCUCCUGCCUCAGCCUCCUGAGUAGCUGGGAUUACAGGCAUGCGCCAGUAUGCCCAGCUAAUUUUUUGUAUAUUUAGUAGAGACGGGGUUUCAGCAUGUUGACCAGGAUGGUCUCGAUCUCUUGACCUCGUGAUCCACCCACGUCGGCCUCCCAAAGUGCUGGGAUUACAGGCAUGAGCCACCGUGCCCGGCCCAUUAAAUUUUAUUUAUUAAUUAAUUUUUAAAAUUUCAAUAGCUUUAGGGAUAUGAGUGGUGUUUUACAUGGAUGAAUUUUAUAGUGGCAAAGUCUGGAUUUUUAGUUCACCCAACACCGGAAUAGUGCAGAUUGUACACUAUAGGUAGUUUUUCAUCCCACAUUACCCCAUUACCCACCUCUGAUUCUCUAAUGUUCAUUAUACCACUCAGUAUGCCACUGCACAUCCAUAGCUUAACUCUCACUUAUAAAUGAGAACAUAUGGUCUUCAGUUUUCUGUUCCCGAGUUGCUUCAUUUCCAUCAAUAAUGGUCUCUAGUUCCAUAGUUGCAAAAGACAUUUUUUUAAUGGCUGAAUAGUAUUCCAUGGCAUAUAAAAGACCACAUUUUUUCUCUUUCCUUCCUUCCUUCCUUCUCUUUCUUUCCUUUUUCUUUUCUUUCUCUUUCAUUCUUCUUUCUUUCUUUCUCUCUUUUUUCUUUCUUUCUCUCUCUCUUUCUUUCUUUCUUCUUCGUUUUUUUUUUUUUGGUGGAGUCUCGCUCUUGUUGCCCAGGCUGGUGUGCAAUGGAGCCAUCUCAGCUCACUGCAACCUUUGCCUCCCAGAUUUGAGCGAUUCUCCUGCCUCAGCCUCAUGAGUAGCUGAGAUUACAGGCAUGCACCACCAUGCCUGGCUAAUUUUUCUGUAUUUUUAGUAGAGACAGGGUUUUUCCAUGUUGGUCAGACAGGUCUCAAACUCCCAACCUCAGGUGAUCCACCCACCUUGUCCUCCCAAAGUGCUGGGAUUGCAGGUGUGAGCCACCACGCCCGAUCAGUAACACAUUUUCUUUAUCCACUCAUCGGUUGAUGGACACUUAGGUUGAUUCCACAUCUUGGCAGUUGUGAAUUGUACUGUGAUAAACAUAUAUGUGCAGUUGUCUUUUUAAUAUAAUGACUUCUUUUCCUUUGGGCGGAUGCCCAGUAGUGAGAUUGUUAGAUUAAAUGGUAGAUCUACUUCUAAUUCUUUGAGAAAUCUCCCUACUGUUAGCCAUAGAGGUUAUACUAAUUCACUUUCCCACUAGCAGUGUUUAGGCAAAGAAUCUAGUGAUCUUGACUUUCUGUAUUUGUAACAAAGGGCAUAAUCUAUUAGUCUGAAUUAAUCUCUAGAGAAGGAAAAAGCUGUAUAAGUCAUUCUACUGGGAGCCUCAGGUCCUAUUUUUGGAUUUUCUCCUAAUAGGCUCCUAUUGUUCUUCUUAGUGUCAGUCCUUCUCUUUUGCUUUUUUUUUUUUUUUUUUUUGAGACAGGGUUUCUCUGUCACCCAGGCUGGAGUGCAGUGGUGUGAUCUUGACUCACUGUAACCUCUGUCUGGAGGGUGAAGCAAUUCUUGUGCCUCAGCAGUCCAAAUAUCUGGAACUACAGACGUGAGUCACCAGCUAAUUUUUGUAUUUUUUAUAGAGACAGGGUUUCACCAUGUUGCCCAGGCUGGUCUCCAACUCCUGAGCUCAAGCGAUCUGCCUGCCUCAGCCUCCCAAAGUGCUGGAAUUAUAGGCAUGAGCCACCGGGCCUGGCCCACCUUUGUUUCUAGUCAUCCACCUCCAUGCUAAAGGACUGCUUUUCACUUUUGAAACUUUCAUAGCAUUCAAAUGUAGAUGUAACCUUUGUAGACUUUAGUUGCAACUGCCAUUUUUUCCUACAUCAAUUAACUCUAUAAAAUUAACUCCUUCCAAGUGCCAGAAGAAAACUCCUGUCUCUUACUAUUUUAGAGAUUGCUCAUCAUAUGUCUGUUUCCUGUUGGAAUUUAAAUUUACUCUCCCACUCUCACCAACUAUGUAGAACAGGUAAGACAAGCAUACUGUGAACCCAACAAAUGAGCAAACAUUUCCUAGCCUGGUUCACUUGCACUGCCACGUCCUCCUCAGGUGCUGCAUUGCAUCAAAACUCAGGUGUAUCCAGGAGAGUGACUGUCAGAAUUCUAGCAUUGCAGCUUGUGGAAUUGCUUUACAAAGGUAAUAGAAAUAGCUGGCAUAACUUCCUUAAAACCAAGAGGAGAGUUAUUUCCUAAUGGUGGCCUUCUUUUAUUAUGAGAUCACAUAAGUACAUACAUAUUUUGUUUUCUCAUGACCCUUUUAGUAUUUGAAAGAAUUUUCUAAGUUUUGCUAACAAAAGGCUUUGGAAAACAAAUAGGAAAAUUGGAAGCAGGAAAAAAGAAGGAUUUUUUUUUUUAUUCUGACAGUGUUAUUUUUCUAGGUUAGAUGAAACAGAUGUUACUACUAUCACUGAUCACCCAAAUAGCUAAUAUUUACUGAGCACUUAAAAUGCCCCAGGCAUAGUAGCUAGCAUGGUCAGAUGGAAGGCUGAAAGUUUAUACCAGAUGCCUGGGAUUGAUCCCCAGUUUUUCUAAGAAAUGCUUGAGCUCCGCAACACUCUUCGUUCAGAUUAAUUCUAUCUAGAGUGCUAGGUGCAUAUCCUCCUUGCCUAGCAAUUGAGGAUGAAGAAAAAUACUUCUAUUACUUUGUAGUUAGGCCUUAGGGUUUAACUUCUGUUUAAAAAGUAUCAGGAAAGGAUGAGUGACCACUUUAGUACUAGUGAAAAAUAUCUCAUUUGCUCUGGUUUCAUCUCCUUCUUGGGGGGCUGUUGGUCAUUGUGGAGAAGGGUCUGUUUUGCUUAUGUACUCUUUUAGGGAGGCCACUAAAAAGUAGUUUAGAAACUAGGAUGAGUGCUAGGAAAUAUUUUUGUAUUUAGGACCAUGAAUUUUUUAAUGAUGUGAUUACUUCAAAACAAAAGUUAUUCAGACAUAUGAAUUAAAAUACUACCCUGUUGGCAUAGAUAUUAUUCUUUUAGAAUGCCAGUUAACAUGUUUACUGUGUACCUGUGUUUAGACCUUGUAAGGCACAUGAAUUAAAGGUUUAGUGUUGAUAAGUUGAGUAGUAGUAAUCAGGAUAUGGUUUAGCUUGAGUGGCAAGAAUAAUAUUUUAUACAAUUGAAACCCAUGAAGUUUUAUUAUUUUACUUUUCAUAUAUGGUAUAGGCUCAGGAGUCAACCUCUGCCAUCUUGCCUUGCUGUUUACUAACUUAGUCUGUGGUAAGUUGUUUAAUUGCAGUCAGCCUCUAUUCACUCAUGGGUCAAUGAAGACAAAAUGGUACCUACUUGACUAGGGUUCUUGGGAGGAGGAAAUGAAUUACCUAAGGGACCUAUCACAGGGCCUGGUACAUGGAAGACCCUGUGAUGGGUCCCUUAGGUAAUUUGUUUAGAAAAGACUCAGCAAAUGGUAGUUAUUAUCAUAGAAAAUCAGUAUCGGCCCAGUCCCCUCGCCGAGUCCCUCCGCUGCCGCCACGAUGAUGUGCGGGCGCCCUCUGCUGCGCAGCCGGCCACCGCCGAGACCCAGAACAUGGCGGACCAGGUGAGGUCCCAGCUUGAAGAAAAUGAAAACAAGAAGUUCCCCGUGUUCAAGGCUGUGUCCUUCAGGAGCCAGGUGGUUGCGGGGACGAACUACUUCAUCAAGGUACAUGUCGGUGACGAGGAAUUUGUCCACUUGCGAGUAUUCCAAAGUCUCCGUCACGAAAACAAGCCCUUGGCCUUGUCUAACUACCAGACCAACAAGGCCAAGCACGAUGAGCUGUCCUAUUUCUGACCCUGACUUUGGGCAGGGUCCUGCCACCAGAAGGCUGGUAAUUAAGUGAUUCUGCCUGGACCACAGCUUGCACUUGGGAUCAUAAAAUGAGCAUCUCCUGGCUGCGCCCCUCAGGUGGAAGGGGCCGGAUGUAGCAGCUGCUCUUGCAUUUCUGUUCCUAAAGUUCAUUGUGUUGAUUUUUUCCCCUUCCAAUCAGGGAUCUUAAUUACUUUCAAAAUAUUUUCAAAAAAUAAAAUAUAUAUUUUAAAAAUAAAAAAAAAAAAAGAAAAGAGAAAGAAAAUCAG